AUGAAUGGGGAAGUUGGUCUCAUGCUUCAUCAUUACAAUGAAAUUUGUAUUUUAAGUUAUGAUCCAUCAUCAUCUAUUUGCAUGGUGAAAGAUCAAGGUAAAUUUUACCAGGAUGGAAUUGAUUUUUUUGGAUGUUGUCAUGGCCUGGUACUGCUAAGGCUUGUUGAUAGGGAUCGCUCGCACAUCAUUACCCUUUGGAAUCCAGCUACUGACGAAUAUAGGAAUUUACCGCAUCCGACAUAUGAAUUUGAGGACCGAAAUGAUUACAUCGAGUAUGGAUUUGGUUAUGAUAACCGGCUUGAGGAUUAUAAAGUGGUAAGUAUUGCGUCUGCUGAUGAAGAUCACAUUGAGGUUCAGGUCUAUACAUUGAAAUCCAAUUCAUGGAGGCGGGUUGAGAAUUCGAACUUGUUGUAUUGUGUUGAUCAACUUAUUAAUAGAGGCACACCGGAUAUGUCUCGACUGCCUGUUGAUGGAGCUAUUUACUGGAUAGCAGAAACUGAAACUAAGACUUCGCCAUCCAAAGACUAUGAAGUAAUUAUUUAUUUUAAUAUUGAGACAGAGCAGUUUGAUGAAAUGCCGUUCCCUGACUUGUUCGAUGAAAGUUAUGACACGAAUUUGUGUGUUUUAGGAGGAUCUCUUUGCUUACUUGGCUUCAAUACUGACAUUGGUUCUGCAGCUGUGUGGGAGUGGAAGCUCAAUGGAGUGAAAAAAUCAUGGACCAAGCUUUUUACCAUAGACUUGCAAAAACAUUUUGGUGGGUUGCUUACAGAUUUGAUGCCGUUACUGUCUUUGAAGAAUGGUGAGAUUUUGUUCGGAUUUGAUAUCGAGACUGGUUCUCAAAUAGCUGUAUAUGACCCAAAGCACGACACCAUUAGAAUUCUUAUCGACGUGGAUGAGGGUUUGAAAGGCUUCUACCCUCACCAUGCUUCUAUCUAUGUGGAGUGCGAAGUAUCACUUGACAAAGGCACUUAUCUAAGGGACAUAAUGAUGGAAAACCCAGAUGAAGAACGUGCCCACAACUCUAACUACCACUUUCAGGAAGGAAAUGGUGAAGAAAAUGAAGAAGAAGAAGUAGAGGGUACCGGGAAUGCAAAGAAGAAAAUCAAGCAAAUUUGA